AUGGACUUCCAUCUGCGGUGCAACUCCCUGAAAUGCCGGGUACUAUUGAAGGAGAGAGCCGUGGUGACAACCUGCUCACACAUCUUCUGUCUUGGAUGUGCAGACAGUCUCGGACUUUCACUCCCCACAGCAGGUGGUCGACGGUGCCCGGCAUGCCAGACACUCCUAAGCAACCCUGAUGAUGCCGUGUCGACGAUUUUGAACCCCACGGAGGACUACAAGACCAGCGUGUUGAGCGGGCUUGAUCCAAACACAAUCAUGGAGUGUGCCGGCCGAGCAUUGGGAUUUUGGGCAUACCAAAGCACACAGGAGAUAUUCUACCAAGAAUUCUUGGGGAAGAGUCUCACAGAGAAAUACAGCAACCUGAACACGCAAAUGGAUAAAGUCGUCCACAACGCUAACUCGGAGAUGUCAGUUCUUCACAGCAAGAUAGCGGAUAUGCAAGCUGCGCAAGAACAACUAGAGAAGAAGAAUGAGGAGUUGGCUGAUCUGAUCCGAGACAAGUCCAAAAAGUUAUCGCAGAUGACAAAUCUUUAUAAUAUCCUCAAAGCGCGUGCGAUGCGGACUGAGAUGCAGACCGCAGCUUCGAACACGGUCUCCCAGACAUUGAAUGACCUCUCAUCGCGAAACAGCACCAUGCUUCCACCCAUCCCAACCCACGGCCAGCCUGCGCCAAUAAACGCAAAAGCGCGCAGUCGUCAAGGGCGUGCCCUGCAAACUCAUCCGUACCCCACGGGCUCAGAUGGGGUUGAGCGGCUGCAUCGAUAUCAGCGAAGUGGCACUGGUUGUUCCAGGCGAGCAGGAGAACAGAAUGACUCUAUUCCUAUGGUUCCUCCAGAAAGACCUGUCUGUAUUGGAAAGAGGCCUCAAGGACCAACCUCGAACCCCCAGCAUCGUACUCGCCUUCCGCCCCCACCCCGACCGCCCUCUUCACAUGGCUUUCAUCUGCCUCUUGAAGAUGAGAUAAUUGCCCGCUUUGGAAUGUAG